AUGGAUUCGAAGUCAACAUCGAGCACAGAUGCUACAAUCGUAUGUGCAUGGAUAGAUGAAAGUUACAAUGCGAGAGAAGAAAUCAUAAGUAGAAUUGCUGAAGUAAAAGAACAAGUACCGGCUAUUGUAUUAACAUUGGACAAAAGAAUGAAUAGAAGUGAAUUAUUAGAAAUUACUCGAUCAUGUAAUUCACAAGUAGUACGUACAGUUAUGUCUUUUUUAAAUCAUCUUACUAUCAUUACAAAUAUAUCAAAUUUACCACAAACGUAUUUACCAUUGGAUAUGAAUGAUAAUGAAAUAUUUCAACUAUUGCCACAUCUUCUAGCAGAAGGUCUCAAGUUUUCAUUACGUCCAUCGGCACUUAUGGCUAUUUUUUGCAUUCUAUCAAAUAAUAAACUUCCAGAAAAUAAUGCUUAUGCAUUCAGUAAAAUUUGUGUUAAAGUACCACAAUUUUUUACUGAAAAUGAAAAUUUAUUUUUUCGAAAACUUUAUACUUUGGGUGGACUGAAAUUAAAUGCUUCUACACGUAUCAUUGUUAAACAACCAUUCAUUCCAACUGUAAGACAAAUUCAUCAUGAUACAAAAAUUCAAUGCCAAACAUGUAAUAUUAUUCGUUCAACAACACUUUUUCCAGAUGUUGGCAAAAGUUGCUGUGCACUUUGUUUACCAUGUUAUGAUCUUAAACAUACGCCUGAACCAUGUGAAGCACCGUUUUCACAUCUGGUACAAUGUACAACAUGUACUUGUUUGUAUGCAAUAGUGCAAUAUCGUCAAUUGUUCUCGACACCAAAAUGUCAUUACUGUCGUAAUUUAUCCGAAUCAGCACCAUAUCGUCGUUGUAUUGAAUGCCAGAAUAAAUAUGUACAUAAUGAUUCCACGGAACCAAUUCCAAGUAACGGUGAAGAAUAUAAAUUUGUUUGUGCCGAAUGUCAACAUUCGACAGUAAGUAAAACUAUUGUCGAUAUACCAGUGUCGAUUGGUACAUUAUUUGAUGAAAAUAAAAUACAACUAUAUAAAUAUUUAAAUAUCAAUGAUAAAGUCGAAUUGAAUCCUAUGGAAGAUAUUCAAUCAUCGUCAAUUUCACAAAUAUCAUUGGUUCAUGCUAAGAAACCUAUAUUAAAUCCUGUGGCUAUAUUCGAUCAAAUUAAUACAUGGAUACAAAGUGGUAAAUCUGAAUCUGUCACUUGUUACAUUUGUUGUAAUGAUGUUUCAUGUGAUAAAAUAAACAGUACGUGUGGUAAUAAACUAUGCCAUGCUGAAUCAUGUACUGAAUGUUUAACAACAUGGUACCAAGCUGUUCGACCAGGUAGUAUCGUAUUAGUUGCACAUUUAUUAUGUCCAUUCUGUAAAUAUACACCGAAUGUAAAAGUUCUUAAAAAAUAUAACAAACAAGCAUGUACAAUAUUAAAAUUCGACAAGAAGGAUGAUAUUGAUGAACGUUGGUAUUAUGGAUGGUGUAUGGACUGUUAUAAAAUUAAAAAAGCACAAGAAAAAUCUUGCAUUGGAAAUGUUGAUAUUCCUUCAUUAACUGAUUUUGUUUGUGAUGAAUGUAUUGAAAUCCGAAAUAGUCCAAAAACUAUUGAUAUCAAAUAUUGUCCAGGUAUAAAUGAAAAUACGAAAGCAGUCUGCGGUGUGGCAACAAAUAAAAAAGGUAGUUGUAAUCAUAUAACAUGUACGGCAUGUAAUUCAGAUUGGUGCUGGCUAUGUGUUAAAACAUAUGGUGAGAGUAUUUAUGAACAUUUGAUGUCAACACAUGGCAACUAUGGUAUUGAGGAUGACAACGAUGAGUAG